UUCCUGCUCCGCCUUUGGGCUGGGGGGGGAGAAGACUAGGGUUGUAACACCCCCAAACAGCCGCAUCUGGUGCAAGGGGGCGGGAGGGAAAAGACCGGCUCUCCCCGCCAAGGACAGCUUUCCACUUUGUGUCUGCCUUGUGGACUGGCGCUUCGGGUUUCAUGGCAGUUUCGGAGAUGCCGUUGGUCUUCUUUAAUCUCAGACCUAGCUAGAGAUCAAUCUGGCAGAUUAUUUGGGCAAUAGGUGGAGGUUUUGUGAAGAAUCAUGUCCCUCAGGGAGAAAAAAAUGCAUCUAUAAACACCAGUUCCAUAUAGUCGCUAGCUCAGUGAAUGGAGAGACCCUGCUAUGGGAUAGCAUUUCUAACAAAGCGUUCUCAGUUUCCCUGGAAUCUGCUGCUGGUUUAUAGGUUAAUCGUUUAAAGGGGGGAGGAUUCCUUUCCUACCAUGUUUGCCUGUGAAACUUGGGCCCUUGGUGGCCAGACCUCAGUCUAUAAUUGGGACAAGUCCGUCUAUCUCUUGGAAGACAAAAUAGAGCCUGAGCAAGGGUCAGGGGACCUGGAUCUCCAUUUCAAGGUGCUGCUUGAGCAGGAGAUGUACCCAGAAAUUACAAUUGAGGAGGAAGAGGAAGGUGAAGAGGAAGAAAUCGUAGAGGAAGAAAUAGUGGUUGAUGCAGAAGGGGCACCGGAAGAGGAAGAGGAGGAAGUGAUCGUAGAUCCGGAUGGGGAAGAGGAAGAGGAGGAGGAGGAAGAAGAUGAAGAGGAGGAGGAGGAGGAAGGGGAGGAGGUUGACGAUGAAGAUGAGGAUGAAGAGGGAAAUCCAUCAGCCCCCCAACGUGAGGCCAUGGGAGCAGAAGAAGGAGACGAAUCAUUGCUUGUGGUGUGUACUGGGACCGUUGAAGAACUUCUGGGUUUGGAGACAUCCCCCACAGGUCAACCAGAGCAACUUGAGGAGGCCCCACAACCUCAACGGUGGGAAGUCCAGUGGGAGGAAGUGUCGCAGGCACUGGAGCCUCCACCCCCUGAAAUUGUGGAACCGCCACCACCACCAGCACCUCCACCACUGCCGCCACCACCACCUCUACCAGAGGUUUCCCCAGUGGCCGAGGUGGCCCCAAUAGAAGUAGAACCAGAGGUCUUCCGUCCAGGUUUGGAACAAGCAGGGAAUACCUCCUCUUCCCCCUGGGGAGCGCCUUUCAUUGAAGAGGCCCAACAUCAAGAAACACACACCAGCCCACCUGGUGGAGACAGAGGGAGUGCCGGGAAGGCACGGCCACCUGCCUCAGGAGGGGGUGGCUUUACCCUGGAAACAGCCCGCCGGCGUUUCCGGCAGUUUUGCUACCAAGACGCGGAAGGUCCACGAAAGGCUUGCGGGCAGCUCUGGGAGCUUUGCAAUCACUGGCUAAAACCCAAAAACCGCACCAAGGAGCAGAUUUUGGACGUUUUGAUCCUGGAGCAGUUUCUGGCUGUCCUGCCUCCAAGGAUUCGGAGUCGGGUAUGGGAGCGUAGCCCUGAGACCUGUGCCCGGGCAGUGGCCCUGGCUGAGGAAUUUCUGGCCAAGCCACAGGAGGCAGAGAGAGCAGAGGAGGAGGAUUCGGACCUCUUUGAGGAAGUGGUGGUAACUUUUCCUGAUGAAGACCAGCCUCUGUCGGAUACUGAACAGGGAGACGUGAGCUUGGAGGCAGAACAGAGGGGUGAUGUGGAUAUCUGUUUGCUAGGUUCUUCCGACACAGAGGCAACAUGGGAUUCCUCAGCAGAUGAAGGAGACUCAGGUGCCAGGACCCCGAGCAGAGCUGAUCCCCACUUUGAGCUUGGAGAAAGACUUAACGGAGCAAUACAGCUCUUACCUCCCAAGAGGAUCCGUGUGCGAGAGAAACGCCACCCCUGCAUUGAAUGCGGGAAACGGUUCCGCUGCCAGUCAGAGCUGGCACUCCACCAGAAGGUCCAUACUCGGCCAAAAUCUUACCACUGUGCCGAGUGUGGGAAGCAGUUUGGACGGUCUUCCCAUCUCACCCGGCACCAGAAAACUCACAUGGGUGAGGAAUGCCAUCUUUGUACUGAAUGCGGGAAGAGGUUCCGGUGGUCGACAGAGCUGGCCAUCCACCAAAGGAUCCAUGCAGGUGAACAGCAACACUUCACCAUGGAUUCUGAGAUGUUAUUCCAGUGGCCAUCAGACGUCACACAUCUUGGGAAUGUUUUCAUGGGUGAGAAAACCCCUCCGGCUGUUGACUUUGCAAAGCCCCACACUGUCAAGAAACCCCACCUCUGCCCCGAGUGCGGGAAAGGGUUCCGGUGGCCAUCUGAGCUGGCUGCUCACCAGAAAACCCACAACAAAAACAAACACUACUUCUGCUCAGAGUGUGGGAAAGGGUUCCAGUGGCCGUCGGAGCUUGCCGUUCACCAGAGAACCCAUACGGGAGACAACUCCCCUAUCGUCGUUGAUUGCGGGAAUAGCCACAGCCAGCUGCCUCAUCUCCCACCGUACCUGGGAGCCAACGUGGCUGAGAAACGCCAUCUUUGUGGCGAAUGUGGCAAGGCUUUCCGCUGGCCGUCAGAACUUGCCACCCACCAGAGAAUCCACACGGGGGAGAAACGUUAUUUCUGCACAGAGUGUGGGAAAGGCUUCAUCUGGCCCUCAGAGCUUGCAGCCCAUCAGAGGACCCACACUGAAAAGCAAGCCUACCAGUGUAUGGAGUGUGGGAAAAUAUUCCAUGACCUCUAUGGCCUCACCAGACACCAGAAAACCCACCUGGGGAGCAAGGUCUACCCUUGCGCAGAGUGCGGAAAGACAUUUAGCCGGCAAUCUCACCUGACUCGGCACCGGAUUACCCACACCGGAGAGAGGCCCUACCCUUGCAUCGAAUGCGGGAAGAGGUUUGGUCGACAGUCUCACCUCACUCGGCACCUGCGAAUUCAUACCGGAGAGAGACCGUAUCAGUGUGGGGAGUGUGGUGUGAGGUUCAGGAGGAGACACAGCAUGAUCUACCACCAGAGGAUCCAUCUGAGAGAGUCAGCGGGAGGACCAGGCACUCCAAAUGUUCCUGACAUGGAAAAUCUUGCUGACCAUCUCCAGAGCCCUGUCCAUGUAACAAUCUGAAACGUAGAGGCAGGCUGGAUGGAGCUGAGGGAAAACAUUGAGGGGAGGGGUAUGUGGGACUCCAUUAUCGUAACACUUGACAAAGACCCUCUUGGGUAGGCAUGGGAUUUUUGGAUUUUUUUGGACUGCCAAUCCCACAGUGCUCCAUUCUGGGCUACAGAUCCUACAGUUCUCCUUUCAGGUAUCUGUAGACUUAUACCUGCAGAUACCUAAAUGUGUCUCACCUGGAGAAAAGUCCUAGCUGGGAAGGUUCCACAGGUAUAGUUUUGUCCUCACUUUCUGUUCAGAAAGGAAAAUUCUAGUUAGCAGUGGGGCAGCUUCCUUUCUGCACAGGAAGCUAGGGUGGAGCUGGGCCUAUCCUAGGCCACAAAAUCUUCCCAGCUAGGCCUUUUCUCCAGGCGAGCCCCAUGUAAACAUCUGUAGGUGUGACUCUGUCAGUGGGAACUCCCAAAAUGGAGAAUUAUAGGAUUUGUACUUCAAAAAAUCCCAUGUUUACUCCUGGGCUCCUUGUCCUACAGAGCAGGCCCAAAAAAACAUAACUGCCCUGAGUAGCUUAACUACAGAAUUGGAGAGGCAGGCACUUCGGGAUUCCGUGCAGUGUGGGACAGGACACCAGCUGGUGGGCCUUUUGCAUAUUGCAGAGGAUCCUUGGAUACAGACACCCAUAUUACCUCUCUAAUCACAUGCUGCUUUAUUGUUGCCUAAAAAACAUGGCUGCUUCCAUACAGCUCUUUGGGUAGCUUUAGUAGCCAUGUUAAAACCCACUGCUGUAACUCUAGAGUAUGUCCCAGUGUAGCAUUUACAAAGGAAAAACACUGGAGGGGGUUCUCCCCAGCUGUCUUCAGCAGCCAGAACUGCCUGUUGCCUGGAAGUAUUUAAUGGAGCCCGGAAGCCUUUCUUCCUGCCUCUCAAACUGUGUUUGCCUGGUUUCCAUUUUUGCUCUCUCUCAGUGUUAAGUUGGCAGAUCUGUGUGGCAAGAAAACUGUGGAGGGCAACUUCCAGCAUCCUAUUCUAUGGGGCCACAGGGUGGCUAGGUAUCAUGUGGUGCAGAGCACUUUGCUUUUUAGUUGUUCGUAUAGAGAAGGGAGAAUUCAAAUAAGUGCUGCUUCUCCCACUGUAGUGCUGCGGCAAUAAGGAAAGCUGCAGCUUCCCUAGUACCCCUUACUUUUUCCGUGCAAGAGCCUUGUUCUGGGUGAUGUCUGGCAAUCUUAUAUCUACAGUAGCAAUUUCCCUUUCUUUCCUCCUCAGAAUGGAGCACAUUCUGAUAGGCACCUCUCUUUUCUCUUGAGAAAUCAAGAUGCAGAGUUGUUUUCCAGGAGCAGGGCCUUCUACAAACUGGUGAUGACUUAGUAUUUUCUUGUUUUUUGGCAAGAAGUGGCUCAUGGGGCUUUAACAGAAAAUCACACCAUACCCACCCACCCUAAGGUGAAUCAGCAUUCUCCAAUUUUGUACCCUUCAGGUGUGUUUGACUACAGAUCCCAUCCUCCUACCCAGCAUGGAUACACUGGCUGGGAAAUAAUGGGGAUUAUCGUCUGACACAUUUGAAGGGUGGCAAAGAAUAAGCAAAGACUAUCUGUGAAAUAAUGGUGCCUUCUCGAUCCUCUAGGUAUAUGUGCUUCUUUACUUAGAAGUAAGUACCUCUAUGUUCAGUAGUCUUACUCUAUACUGAAUGCAUUUAUGAUUACAACUCAAAGAAGGACACAGUCGGUCUUUGGAUGUGAGUGGGAAAAGAGGGUGAUGUCCCCACUCCACCUGCUACCAAGUGUAAGUGGGAAAGGAUGCUUGAACUUCAGCGGGGCCCAGCCUUGUGGAUGAUAACCCCAGGAGGGUUGAAGUUUGGGAGAAGAGCACUUAGAGGCAUUCCUGUUCUAAGGCUCUGCAUUUUUCCCUUGCUUUUUCUCUAUUGAUUCUUGGUGAUGAGAGGAAAGUGUGUGUGUUUUUUCCCCCUGAAGGACUUUUAUCUGCAUUUCUUCUUUUUCUCUUCCCCCCCCCACCUCUCUCUAUUUUUUUUUCUUUUUGGAUCCAUGUUUAACACUAUCGAAACCUCUUAAAGAAACAAGAAUGAACUCAUUUUUGGAAAUAACUUAAAAGAGAAAAUAAAGAGCUUUCUACAAAUG